GAAAAAGCUAGUAAUAAAAGAUCGAGACGCUCGACCGUCUAGAAAACAUCGUGAAACCCAAGCGCCACCACUCUCACCGUACCAUGGCAAUGCCGACGCCGCGAAAGCAAAAGGCCCCUGCCCCGCCGCGCCGGGCGCCUCCGCGGAUGGAGUACCGCGCAAAGGACGGCGCGUGGUACAGCGCGCGCGUGGCGCUUCAGGACGAGUCGCUGCGCGUCAUGUUCGAGGAAUUCCUGGAGGAGUUCGACGAGUGGCACGAACCAAACGCGGCCGACCUCGCCUCCCCGCGCGACGUGGCGGCGCUCCGCGCCAGGUUCCGCCCGGCGAGCCCGCCCCUCGAGGACGCCCGCUGCGGCGACCUCCGCCGCGGCCAGCAUCUCUGCGUCUUCCGCGCCAUCUCCGACGGCGAGCGCAUGUACUACGACGCCGUCCUCGAUUCCGUGAAAAGAGCAGCUCACGUCACCGUGGACGGCGAGGAGCGGUGCGCGUGCCGCUUCAAGGUGCGGUGGACGGACGGGCCGCUCAGCGGCGGCUGGGACGAUGUCGGCGUCGGCGAGGUCUGCUGUGUGCAGGACUCGACAGUCCAGGACCCGGCGCUGAGCGAGUUCCUGGACCGCGUGACGAAGUCGUUCGGCUUCUGCGACGGCGAGGAGAGCGCGAAGGCGGAGCAGGGCUCGCCGGUCCAGGAACCGCGGCUGAGCGAGUUCCUGGACCGCGUGACGAAGUCGUUCCGGUUCCGCGACGGCGAGGACAACGCCAAGGCGGCGGCGGCGGCGGCUCAAGGGAGCGGGGCCCUGUCGCCCCUGGGCGGCGAGGAGAACGCGACGGCGGCGCCUCAGGCGACCGGGGCCACGUCGCUCUGGGGCGGCGAGGGGAAAACUGCCUGGAUAAUCAUCGGUUAGCUCGCGGGCUGCGCUUCUGUUUCGAUGUAUCUAUGUGCCCUGCUCGACGAUUGGUAUUUUGUGCCUUUGUCUUGCUUCAUUCAGUUCAUAGUCUUGGACUUUGUCUUUUGUCUUUCCAUGUUUCAUGUCUAAUUUCGUUCUGGUUUAGUAAUCUAAUCUUAUGUUAGUUUAGAGAGGGAGUACUCGGUAAUGAGAAAUGGCAUCCACCAAGUAUUUGAGUAA